AAUCAGUAACGUCGCAGCGAUAAAAAGGGAUCAUCUUGCACAUUUCUGCCACAUCAUUUAGAGUGCGUCAGUGAAUACUGAAGAGUUCAGUCAAGAAGACCAAACCUCUUACCUGGAAACGUUAACGGAACAUUACAAAAUAAUUAUAAAAUCUCUGAUUGAGUUAUACUAGCAAAAAGCUGCUAAAUAUAAUGGAAUCAAAAAUUAAUAAAAGGUGAUCUUUAAUAUUAUCAUCGCAACGAUACGCGGAACUGUGAAAUUUAAGGUCACUUCGAGUUGGCACGAUGGAUAAAAAUGGCCAAAAGGUGCAAUCAAACCUACGUGCGAUAACAGAAGGAGAAGAAGAAUACAACAUAGAAAAUAAAGAAGAAGUAGAAGAAAAAGAAGAUACACAAGCUGAUAAUAAAAAAAACGAGGAAGUCAUUGCAGUACACAAACCAUCGUAUUCCAAGACUUAUUGUCGAACAUCAAUUAAGACAACUAGAUUUGAUUAUCUUUGGGAAAUUAAUUGCUUCUCCACUUUUUCUAAAAGUAUGCGUGACUUAUAUUCCGUGCGAUUUCCAAGUUCAGGGAACUAUCAAGUUAUGAUGAAAGCUAAUUCCUAUCAGAAAAUAGAAUUUCAUCUACUUACUAAAACACUAAGUAAGGGUAUGUAUCAUUUGUUCAAAGUUUAUCCAAUAACAGAAGAAAAAGUAUUAUGCAAGUCGUAUGUAGGUGAUUUAAAAACAAAAAAAUUAUGUGAGAUCUCAGAAUCGUAUUUUCAUUCUUUGCCUCAAGACAGACAAACUUACGUUGUGUUUUGAGUUUGAAGUUUUUGAUGAAAUUUUAAAUACGUUUAAUUACAUAGAAGCGCCAAAGCAAAACAUUGUGACAAAAAGAAACGGUAUAAUAAAUUUGUGUCGCGAACCUUGUAAGACAGACCGGAUCACAUUUGUAUUACAAAAUAAACGUUAUCAUUUACCUAUGCAAUUAUUAUGCUCUUAUGAAUACUUUAAGAAUAUAUGUGAUUUAGAAAAAAA